AUGCUGCCUUUAACGCCACCCACCUCUGCAAUUCGACCUGGUCCCACCACGAUUCCAACCGCUGUCUCCACCGCACCGCUUCGAGUGCAGCCGCUUGUGCAACUGUCACCUGUGCUUCAUGUCGAUCGUACUGACCCAACUAUAGUUACGGAAACCGCUGAUAGCAUCAAUAAGGACGUCAUAGAAGACGUCCUUAUUGAUGCUAUCAGCGGUUUCCGUAACUAUAGUAUGUUCGAGAAACAUCACGUGCUGGAGCUCACUGCAGCGUGCGAUGCGGUCCUCGAUACUGACUUACUUACUUGA